AUGGCCGUCUCGAUCUCUCAGUUAUCUUUCGAACACCAUCGCUUGGCACUCGGCAUAGCUGAGGCGAAGCCUCGCAUAUCAUGGAGGUUCGAGGGCAACGUUGUCGAUUGGCAGCAAACUGCCUAUGACAUCGAAAUCGUUCGAGCUUCGGACGGGUCACCAAGCAUCCACAAUGUCAACUCUUCAGACUCUCUUCUAGUCCCCUGGCCCGAUCUACCACUUCAGACAGCUGAGCAAGCUACUGUGAGAGCCCGUGCACAUGGGCAAGAUGGCCAGCCGUCCACUCCAUGGUCCGACUGGGUCACCGUUGAAACCGGUCUCUUGAACAGUACUGAUUGGGCUGGCGCCGUCCCAAUUGCAGCAGAUAGGGACACCGAACUUGAUGCUCCCAAGCGGCCCAUCUACUUUAGGAGACCCUUCGAGUUGGCCGCAAAUGUCUCUAGUGCGCGACUUUACAUCACGGCGUUGGGUAUAUAUGAGGUUGAGAUCAACGGCAAACGAGUUGGAGAUCUUGUUUUAGCCCCUGGUUGGCAAUCAUACAACUACCGACAUGUGUAUGAUACGUACGACGUGACCGAACUUGUAAAGGGCGGAGACAAUGCCAUCGGCGCCGUUGUUGGUGAGGGUUGGUUUUCUGGGCGGUUGAAUUAUGGUGGUGGCGUACGCAACAACUACGGAGAUACUAUCGGUCUACUUUCUCUGCUUGUCGUUACUCUUGAAGAUGGCAGCAUCGUUAAAGUACCUACCGACACUUCCUGGAAAGCAAAUACCGGCCCCAUCUUGACAUCCGAAAUUUACGAUGGCGAAAGGUACGAUUCAACUCUUGAAACGAAUCUGGACGGCUGGUCCUCGGCGGCGUUCAGUGCCGACAACUGGCUUGCGGUUAAAGAGUUGCCAGCACUCAAGGGAAAACUAGUUCCUCCAUAUGGGCCCCCUGUCCGUAUAAUUGAGGAAAGAAAGCCACAGGAGAUAUUCAAAUCUCCUUCUGGAAAGACCCUUAUAGAUUUUGGGCAGAACCUCGUCGGCUGGCUGAGGCUUAAUGUCUCCGGACCCAACGGUACCAAUAUCACGCUUCACCAUGCCGAAGUUCUGGAGGAUGGUGAAUUGGCCAUCAGACCACUCCGAUAUGCUGCCGCCUCAGACUCUCUCAUUUUACAUGGAAAUGGGGUCCAAAAUUGGGAGCCACGCUUUACUUUUCACGGUUUUCGCUACGCUCAGAUUGAUGGCUGGCCCGAAGAGACUCCCUUGACUACAAAUUCCGUUACUGCUGCGGUGGUUCACAGCGAUAUGGAACAAACAGGAUGGUUUGAGUGCUCGAACCCGCUUUUGAACAAAUUUCAUCAAAACGUUCGAUGGUCCAUGAAGGGCAAUUUCUUGUCCAUCCCAACCGACUGCCCACAACGCGACGAACGGCUUGGCUGGACUGGAGACGCACAUGCAUUCGCACCAACGGCUAACUACUUGUACAACGCAGCGGGCUUUUGGAAGGGGUGGCAUAAGGACCUUUGGUCAGAGAUGCAGCGGAACGACUCUAUGGUAGUGCCUUUCACUGUUCCAACACUACCACCCGACGCUCCUGCCACGCCGGCUGCUGUCUGGGGUGACGUUGCGGUUGCUAACCCGUUCAACAUCUACCAAGCCUAUGGCGAUCUCGGUUUGUUGGAAGAACAAUACCCACAGGCACAGGCAUGGAUCGAUAAAGGAAUCAGUCGCAACGAAGUCGGUCUUUGGAACCGCAGCUCGUUCCAGUUUGCAGACUGGCUUGACCCCAAAGCUCCUGCAGACAACCCUCAUGGAGCAACAACCGCACCCAAUCUUGUCGCGGAUGCCUACCUUAUCCACAUGACAGAUUUUCUUUCCAACAUAUCAGCAUCCUUAGGUCGCGAUGAGGCCGCCGACGAUUAUCGACGCCAACGCGACAACUUGAUCCAAGAGUUCCAUAAAGCUUGGAUUCAUGACGGUGCCCUUGCUAACAAGACUCAAACUGCGUAUGCCAUGGCUCUUAAUUUUGGCAUUUAUCAUGACGAGGAUGAGCGGUCUGCUGCCGCCAAAACUUUGCGCGAGAUUGUCGCGGACAAUGACUAUCUCGUCGGCACUGGUUUUGCUGGCACACCGCCCUUGGGUUUUGCCCUCCGCGAAAUCGGCGCCACUGAAGACUUUUAUCGCAUGCUACUGCAAACUCGUGUGCCAUCGUGGCUGUAUCAAGUUGUCCAGAACGGAACAACUACCUGGGAGCGCUGGGACAGCCUGCUCACAAAUGGCAGCGUCAACCCCGGCGAGAUGACCAGUUUCAAUCACUAUGCAUUUGGCUCAGUUGCCAACUGGAUGCACCAGGUGAUUGGUGGCAUUGCGCCUGCUGAGCCAGGUUGGAAGCGAAUUACCAUUGCUCCAAUCCCCGGCGGUAAUAUUACAAGUGCAAACUCCAAGUUUAUUAGUCCCUAUGGAGAAGUCAAGGUUCAGUGGUGGAUUGAGAACAAUACCGAGGACAAUGCUUCACACCGCAAUGGCUUUCACUUGAAUGUUCAGGUACCACCUAAUACCAAAGCCGACAUUACACUGCCAAACGGGGGCGAAACUACAGAAGUCGGCUCCGGGUAUUACGAAUUCCAUGAUCCUACAUAUAGGCUUCCUUGA